AUGGACAAUGUUUCCCACCCCGCAGAUGCAAUUAUUACUGAGCUGAAGACCUCCUACGUCCUCCAGCUCGGCAUCAAGCAUGCUCACUUCCCCUCCUUGCUUCUGCCUCUCCGCCUCCCUCUCCUUCUCCAUGAUCUUACGGGCCAGGAUAAAGUUGUACGUCUCCACAUUUCUGCUGGACAUGCCGACUCCCUCCAUUCCAAAUAUGCCCAGCUCUGCGGUCACAGCAUCCUGGCACUGCUCUUGGACCACAGAGCCCCAGAUGUUGUUAACCUUGCGGCCCCCCUGCGCAGACGUAGGCUCGGGCUGAACUGGGUUUAUAGUCGGUUGAGGAACGUUGAAGACCUUCUGUCGCUUCCUACGCCAGACAGCUCCUUCUUCGUCCGACGAGUCCGGGUCACUAUCGCUGGAAUCCACCGCCUUGCUGGUGCUGCGGUAUGCGGCGGCAGGUGGCUGGUCAGCGGCUCUGCCUUGGAAGGGCAGCCCGCUAAAAACUGUGGGGACCUGAGGUCUGACGUGCUCCGCUGCACCAGAGCCCAUCUCCGUAUCUGA